AUGGACGGGCUGCGGCGCUGGCGCUGGCGGCGCCUGCGCAUCGCGGUGCACCUGGCGGACGAGGCGCUGCUGCUGCCGCUGGCCGUGCGGCCCGGGGACACCGUGAGCGACGUGCGCGCGCGCCUGGUGCGGCGCGGGGUCGGGUCCUGGGGGCGGACCUUCUACUACAACGCGCAUGCGCUGCGCGACCACCAGACGCUGCGCGACGCCCGCCUGCCGGACGGCGCGGUGCUGCUGCUGGCGCGAGGCCCGCCGGCUUCGGCGCGCGCCGCGCCUGCAGUUCCGAGGCCGGCCGCCAGGGGCGCCCGGCUCCGGGCCUCGGGGGAGGCGGGACUGAGCCGGCCUCUUCCCGCUUGCCGGGCCAGGGUCCGGGCCCCCAGGUGGAGCCGCCGGCGGACGCGGACGCGGGGCCCCGGGGAGGAGCCGAGAGUCGUCGGGCCGAGCUGUGUGACUCGGGGCCGGGGGGCCCCCGUCUGCCGCGGGACCCGCCGGUGA